AAGCGCCCCGCGGCCCGCGCUUCCGCCGGAAAAGAGCCGCCGGCGCGGGGGCGGACCGGGGAGGAGCGAGUGCGAUGGACGGUCGCCCUCGCCAAUCGUUGGCAGGUCAGGGCCGGCUGCGCGGCCUAUGGGGCCUAAUCGGCGGCGAGAGCGGCAGGCGGGGCGGGCCGAACGCGGGCUUCCGGCGGGGCCCGGCAGGCGCCGAGGAGGAAGAGCGAGCCCGGACGGCGCCUCUCGAACGAGUGUGGGCGCGAGGCAGGAUGACGACCUCAGGCGCGCUCUUUCCAAGCCUGGUGCCAGGCUCUCGGGGCGCUUCCAACAAGUACCUGGUGGAGUUUCGGGCGGGAAAGAUGUCCCUGAAGGGGACCACCGUGACUCCGGAUAAGCGGAAAGGGCUGGUGUACAUUCAGCAGACGGACGACUCGCUUAUUCACUUCUGCUGGAAGGACAGGACGUCCGGGAACGUGGAAGAUGACUUGAUCAUCUUCCCUGACGACUGUGAGUUCAAGCGGGUGCCGCAGUGCCCCAGCGGGAGGGUCUACGUGCUGAAGUUCAAGGCAGGGUCCAAGCGGCUUUUCUUCUGGAUGCAGGAACCCAAGACAGACCAGGAUGAGGAGCAUUGCCGGAAAGUCAACGAGUAUCUCAACAACCCCCCAAUGCCUGGGGCGCUGGGGGCGAGCGGGAGCAGCAGCCACGAGCUCUCUGCGCUAGGCGGUGAGGGCGGCCUGCAGAGCCUGCUGGGGAACAUGAGCCACAGCCAGCUCAUGCAGCUCAUCGGACCAGCCGGCCUCGGAGGACUGGGUGGGCUGGGGGCCCUGACCGGACCUGGCCUGGCCAGCUUACUGGGGAGCAGCGGGCCUCCAGGGAGCAGCUCCUCCUCCAGCUCCCGGAGCCAGUCGGCAGCGGUCACCCCGUCAUCCACCACCUCUUCCACCCGUGCCACCCCAGCCCCUUCUGCUCCAGCAGCUGCCUCAGCAACUAGCCCGAGCCCCGCGCCCAGUUCCGGGAAUGGAGCCAGCACAGCAGCCAGCCCGACCCAGCCCAUCCAGCUGAGUGACCUCCAGAGCAUUCUGGCCACGAUGAAUGUACCAGCCGGGCCGGCAGGCAGCCAGCAAGUGGACCUGGCCAGUGUGCUGACGCCGGAGAUAAUGGCUCCCAUCCUCGCCAACGCGGACGUCCAGGAGCGCCUGCUUCCCUACUUGCCAUCUGGGGAGUCACUCCCGCAGACCGCGGACGAGAUCCAGAAUACCCUGACCUCGCCCCAGUUCCAGCAGGCUCUGGGCAUGUUCAGCGCAGCCUUGGCCUCGGGGCAGCUGGGCCCCCUCAUGUGCCAGUUCGGUCUGCCUGCAGAGGCCGUGGAGGCCGCCAACAAGGGCGAUGUGGAAGCGUUUGCCAAAGCCAUGCAGAACAACGCCAAGCCCGAGCAGAAAGAGGGCGACACGAAGGACAAGAAGGACGAAGAGGAGGACAUGAGCCUGGACUGAGCCACGCGCCAUCCUCCGAGGAACCGGGCGCUUGCAGUGCGUUGCACACCUUCACCUCCACCCACUGACAAUAAAGUCUUCUCUUUUACCUGCCAA